UCGUGUAGGCAGUGAGCUGAAGGCCAUGGUGCAGGUGCCUCCUGGGUAUCACCUGGUGGGAGCAGAUGUGGACUCUCAAGAGCUGUGGAUCGCUGCCAUACUGGGCGAAGCACAGUUUGCAGGAAUGCAUGGAUGCACAGCGUUUGGAUGGAUGACGCUCCAGGGAAAGAAAAGUCAGGGCACGGAUUUGCACAGCCGUACCGCAGAUACUGUGGGCAUUAGCCGUGAACAUGCCAAGGUCUUCAACUAUGGCCGGAUUUAUGGAGCCGGCCAGCCGUUUGCUGAGCGACUGCUAAUGCAGUUCAAUCACAGACUAAGCCAACAGGAAGCAGCUAGUAAAGCUCGCCAGAUGUACGCACUUACCAAAGGACUGCGUAGGUAGGCAAAAA